CUCCGGAGCGUGAGGACGCGGACUCUCACAGGAGACUCUCAGCCCCUUUAUCUCUGAACCCUGCAGGAUCCUGGAGCUGGAGCAUGCACGGGGCUCUGUGUAAGGGUUAGUGAGGAGGGUGGGGGGACCACUGCCGGACACUUCUGCUGUCCAGCACCCCGGGGUCACGCUUUAUUGGCAGGAAAGACCCUCCAUUUAUUCAGCCAGAAUCGUCAGAAAUCCUGAAAAUGGACCCUUUACAGAGUGGGACUAACUGUGAGGAGGACUCAAAGUGUGCUGAGGAGGAAGAGGAGGUGGAUCCAAGAAUCCAGGGAGAGCUGGAGAAGUUAAACCAGUCUACAGAUGACAUCAACCGCUGGGAGAGUGAGCUGGAGGACUGUCGCCAGCGGUUCCGGGCGGUGCUGGUGGAAGCAACGGUGAAGCUGGACGAGCAGGUGAAGAGGAUUGGACGAGCCGUGGAUGACUCCAAACCCUACUGGGAAGCCCGCAAAGUAGCGAGACAGGCCCAGAUCGAAGCCCAGAAGGCCACCCAGGAGUUCCAGCGGGCGGUGGAGAUCCUGCGGGCAGCAAAGGAGACCAUCGCCCUGGCCGAGGAGAGGCUGCUGGAGGAGGACAGCCGGCAGUUUGACUCCGCCUGGCAGGAAAUGCUCAAUCACGCCACACAAAGGGUGAUGGAAGCUGAACAGGCCAGGACUCGCAGUGAAGCAGAGCACAGGAAAACAGCAGCAAACUACAACUCCUGUAUCAGCCACAUGAGGCAGCUGGAGAAGAAACUAAAGCGCACAAUCAACAAAUCCAGGCCGUAUUUUGAACUGAAGGCCAAGUAUUAUCUACAGCUUGAGCAACUGAAACGUCAAGUGGAUGAGCGCCAAGCCAAACUCGUGGCUGCUAAAGCAGAAUACCGCUCAGCGCUGCGCAACCUAGAGAGCAUCUCUGAGGAGAUCCAUGCCCAACGACGGUCGAUCGCCAUGGGAACCAGGGAGCAGGGUGUUGGUGCAGAGGGAGACAACGAGGACAUCUCUAGUUUUAAGAUGGAGUCAGACAGUCUGUCGAUGGUGUCCGUAUCAAUUGAUGAAGAGGGCAGGCAUAGUAGCAGCUCAGAAGACGAGGCCGACACUCACUCCAUCUCCUCACCCCAAGCCGUGCCCUCCUCACCCUCCACAUCCUCCUCCACUCCCACCCCACUGGACAUGCCCUGCCCUUACCCCUCCUCCUCACUCUACAGCCCCGACUCCUACCUCUCCUCCCCUCCCUCCGCCUCAGUCCUCUCCACUUCUUGUCCCGGUAGCCUGGAGGUAGUGAUCCCCUGUAGCUCUCAUGACCCAGACUCACUGUGCGGCUCUGGGCACGCCUCACCUCUCCUGGGCCCUCGCAGCCAGUGCAGCGGAGCUUCCUCUCCAGACUGCGACCAGGAGAGAGGUGACAGAGCAGAGGGAGCCGAGGCGACACUAGAAGCCGGUUUGAACAAGCUCAGCUUGGCACAAGAAGAAGUGGACUCUGAGGACGAGCGAGACCCCCCUUACAUCAACCCCGACAUCUCCUCUUCCACCUCUGCCGCUACCAUCCUCAUACUCAACAGUGUCUAACAAACGCCUGUCAUACGAAAGACUGCGGUCGUGCAUGGCUUGGAGCCUCAAACUGACAUUUGGCAGAAGAUCUGAAGCCGACUUGGAUGAAGAGAGCAAACUGCACACUCAAACCUGACACAGUGUCUCCAAACAUAAACAUCAGAUGGUGCUAUACAUGUUGUAUUUACAUAUCAAACCAGUAUCAUUGUAAAAGAGAACCCAUAAGUAUUGUAAAUAAGCAGACCGAGAUAACUGGAUGGUGACAGUGUUAUUUAAAGGCUUCAUUUCCCGUAAACCAAACUGUCGCUGUGUCAUUGGGCUGAUUUCACUUUCAGUUUUUCUGCUAAAAAAACAUUGUGCCAUAAAGACAUUUUUAUUUAUGAGCAGAAAAAGAUAAUUUCUCUUCUUUGGCAUAUUUGGGUCGUCGAUAACCUCAGCAGUGGUGUAGCUAGUCUAAUGUUUUUGUGAUGUGUCAAAGACAAAAAGUGUUAACUUCCUGCUCUUGGAUCCAAGUGGAAACUUUGUUAUUAAUGUGAAAAGUCAGCCUGUUAUUCAGAUAUGACAAAAAAAAACCAGUCAGAUGUGGGAAUGUUGUUAUCCUCCUGUAACUCUACACUUCAGGGUGAAUGAAAUGUAGGUCGUGGAGACGGUGGUUGUGGUUGUGGAGGAAUAAUCGUCAGAAGGAAAUGGAGUGAAACCACACUCCCAGCACUAACUAAAGAAGAGACUGUCUUCAGAUGGGACUAGAGACAAUAGUGGUCUUCCAUUUGGUUUUGUAAAUGAGUGAGUGAAUGUAUUUUUAAUGCAGCCCACGAUCUGAUGUGGUGUUUGUAGCCAUUGAGUGAAUGCUUUUCCAUGUCUUUGUGCAUUAGCGUAAACUUACAUCCUACCCCGUAGCACAGAUAUUCUAUAUUUAUAAUCCUGUAUUCUUGUAAAUGAACAUUGUUUUGGUUACUGUUGUUGUGUAACAGAAAAAAAAGCAUUAAACAUGUGCCUGA